UGGACACUUGGAGCUGUGAGUUGAAAACUGUACACAUUUUUUUCACUUAUAAAUUGCUGUCUGCCCAGAGUCUCUCUUCUCUCUCAGAGACCGUGUGAAAAUGGAUUCUCUUCCUGCUCCACUUUGCUCUCAUUAAACCACAGCCACAAGCCCACCAGCUCAAAACCUUCUUUUUCUUUUCUCACUCAUUUUCACCAUUUUCUAGUUGCAAGCUUUCUUUUGUGGGUUUUCAAGUUCAAAGGCUGAGUCUCGAGCUGUUAAAACAUGGAAACAAGCCCUUUUUCAAGGCUGUCAAUUGCAUUUUGCUUAGCUUUGUGUUUGGGAUGUCAAGUUAUUCAGUGCAGUGUUACCUAUGAUAGGAAAGCUGUGGUGAUUAAUGAGCAGAGGAGAAUCCUCUUUUCUGGUUCCAUUCAUUAUCCCAGAAGCACUCCUGAGAUGUGGGAAGAUCUGAUACAGAAGGCUAAAGAUGGAGGACUUGAUGUGAUUGAAACUUAUGUUUUUUGGAAUGUUCAUGAGCCAUCUCCUGGAAAUUACAAUUUUGAAGGGAGAUAUGACCUUGUAAGAUUCAUAAAGACAAUACAAAGAGCAGGUCUCUAUGCUCAUCUCCGCAUUGGGCCUUAUGUUUGUGCAGAGUGGAAUUUCGGAGGGUUUCCUGUCUGGUUAAAAUAUGUGCCAGGCAUCAGCUUCAGAACAGACAAUGAGCCUUUCAAGAGAGCUAUGCAAGGGUUCACCGAAAAGAUUGUGGGACUGAUGAAGAGUCAUAACCUGUUUGAGUCCCAGGGUGGCCCCAUUAUUCUCUCUCAGAUUGAGAAUGAGUAUGGGGCACAGAGUAAAUUACUAGGGGCUGCUGGCUAUAAUUAUGUUACUUGGGCAGCGAAAAUGGCCAUAGAGACAGGAACUGGGGUCCCUUGGGUGAUGUGCAAAGAAGAAGACGCCCCUGAUCCAGUGAUAAACACAUGCAAUGGUUUCUACUGUGAUGCAUUCCAUCCCAACAAACCCUACAAGCCGACAAUGUGGACCGAGGCUUGGAGUGGAUGGUUCACAGAGUUUGGCGGUCCACUUCAUCAUCGGCCAGCUGAAGAUUUGGCAUUUUCUGUUGCUCGGUUCAUACAGAAAGGAGGAUCCUUUGUUAAUUAUUACAUGUACCAUGGAGGAACCAAUUUUGGACGUACAGCUGGAGGUCCUUUCAUCACUACCAGUUACGAUUAUGAUGCUCCAAUAGAUGAAUAUGGUUUGAUUAGACAACCAAAGUAUGGUCACCUAAAGGAGCUCCACAGAGCUAUUAAGAUGUGUGAGCGAGCUUUAGUUUCAGCAGAUCCCAUUGUUACUUCACUUGGAAGCCUCCAACAGGCUUAUAUGUACACAUCAGAAUCAGGAGAUUGUGCAGCUUUCCUAUCAAACUACGAUACAAAAUCUGCUGCAAGAGUCUUAUUUAACAACAUGCACUAUAACUUGCCUCCUUGGUCCAUCAGCAUCCUUCCUGAUUGCAGGAAUGCUGUAUUCAAUACUGCAAAGGUUGGAGUUCAGACAUCACAAAUGCAGAUGUUACCAACAAAUGUUGAGAUGUUCUCAUGGGAAAGUUAUGAUGAAGAUACUUCUUCACUGGAUGACAGCUCAACAAUUACUGCUGAUGGGCUAUUAGAGCAAAUAAAUGUCACAAGGGAUGCUAGUGAUUACCUGUGGUACAUUACUAGCAUUGACAUUGGUUCAUCUGAAUCCUUCCUUCAUGGAGGGGAACUCCCCAGUCUCAUUGUUCAAUCAACAGGCCAUGCUGUACACAUCUUUAUCAAUGGACAACUUUCUGGUUCUGCCUUUGGAACAAGGGAAAAUAGGAGAUUCACAUACACUGGGAAGGUCAAUCUGCGUGCAGGAACAAACAGAAUUGCCCUGCUAAGUGUCGCUGUUGGAUUGCCAAAUGUAGGGGGACACUUCGAGACAUGGAAUACAGGAAUCCUAGGUCCAGUUGCACUUCAUGGACUUGACCAAGGAAAAUGGGACCUGUCCUGGCAAAAAUGGACGUACCAGGUUGGGCUUAAAGGAGAGGCCAUGAAUCUGGUGUCUCCAAAUAGUAUUUCCUCUGUGGAGUGGAUGGAGGGAUCAUUGGCUGCACAAAAACAGCAGCCAUUGAGAUGGCAUAAGGCUUAUUUUAAUGCACCUGAAGGUGACGAGCCAUUGGCUUUGGACAUGGAGAGUAUGGGAAAAGGUCAAAUCUGGAUUAAUGGGCAGAGCAUUGGUAGAUAUUGGACUGCAUAUGCUCAUGGUGACUGCAAUGGCUGUAGUUAUGCCGGGACAUUUCGACCACCAAAGUGUCAGCUUGGUUGUGGCCAACCAACCCAAAGAUGGUACCAUGUUCCUCGGUCUUGGUUGAAACCUACACAGAAUCUAUUGGUUCUUUUUGAGGAGCUUGGAGGAGUUCCCUCAAGAAUCGCACUUGCAAAAAGAUCUGUGUCCAGUGUUUGUGCCGAAGUCUCUGAGUAUCACCCGAAUAUUAAGAACUGGCAGAUUGAAAGCUAUGGAAAGGCAGAAGAGUUUCACAGACCGAAGGUUCACUUGCACUGUAGUCCUGGACAGUCAAUCUCUUUCAUUAAAUUUGCAAGUUUUGGAACUCCUUUGGGAACUUGUGGAAGUUACCAGCAAGGCCCUUGCCAUGCUCCUGCUUCAUAUGCCAUCUUGGAGAAGAAGUGUAUAGGGAAGCAAAGAUGUGCAGUCACCAUAGCUAACAGUAACUUUGGGCAAGAUCCAUGCCCAAAUGUGUUGAAGCGGUUGUCAGUCGAAGCUGUUUGUUCUCCUAUGUCUUCAACAACAGCACAGCCCAACUGGGGUGAUUAAUUAGACUGAAAGAAUCACAGAACAACUUCAUAAGGUAUGCAGCAAGUAAUUUAACUAUACACUAUCAGCAUUUGAAGCAAGUAGCUGAGCAGAAAAUAAAAAGGAAAAGUGCAAAGAAUAGGCGUUUAAUUAGGUUAGAUUGAGUGCCACAGCAUUUGAAAUGGAGGGCUCUGGCUAAAGGUGUUCAAUGUUAAAGGCAAUUAGUUAUUUUAAUUUAAAGUUAAUUUAAGUGGGAUUAAUAGACUUCUGUAAAUUAGUGAUUAUAAGAUAGUUGAGUUUCCAAGUUCUGGGGGUCCCGCAAUUUGGGCCCCGAGGCCCGGCCUUUUAACCGGAUAUGGGCACUGGUGAAAGAGAAGAUUGUGUUUGUGUGAUUCUGUUUGUAUGACGGGAAAGGUUUGAACCCCUAUUAUGUUCAUGUUGGGAGCGGUUCCUAGUAUGGCCAUUGUUUUAUGUGCAGUUACCGAUUAAACUGCCUUGUUUUUCAGUUGUUUUCUUGUCUUUCCCUUCUGGUUUAAUGGUGUC